CAUCCAGGGAGAAAGGGAGAGAAAAAAAAUUAAGAGAGAGGAAGAGAGAGAGAGAAGGAGUGGAAGCCUGAACCUGCCGGCUCCAGAGAGACCUUCCCUCCCAUCCUUUUCCAGAAAGAUGAGCUGGUGGUGGUACCCAGAAAAGGCGGUGGUGGUGGCGGCAGCAGCAGCAGCGGCAGGAAAACUGAGAGCCUGCAUCAGCCCCCUUUGCCUCCUUCCUCCAUUGACUGUGCCAAACAGCAUCUCUGCAUCCUAAAGAAGCUCAUUGCAUUCCUCGCACGUCUCAUCUUUGCUUGCUCGCCCCCCCCUCCUUUCGCCUCAGCCCUCAGCAGGAGUAUAGAAGCAGAACAGAGAGAAAGAGAGAAACCGACCAUCCUUUCCUUUUGGGUAUAUAUAUAUUUUUUAAAAGAAGCCCUUGGAAAUUCUAUACAUGCCUUUGUCUUUUUUUCUUUUUCCCCCAACUGGUUUUGCCGUUCCCCCUGCGCUCUCUAAAUGUGCUAAAAAUCUCUCCUUGGACCUGUUUUGUAAUCCAUCCUGACCAUGAAGUCUCCAACGGCAGAUCCUCCCCGUAAAAGGAAGAUGCUGUGGAUUAUUCUUUUAAGCACAACUGCUGUAGCCUGGACUACCCCUAUUCCUUUGAUAGAGGACUCGGAGGAAAUUGAGGAACCUUGCUUUGACCCUUGUUACUGUGAAGUCAAAGAAAGCCUUUUCCAUAUACACUGCGACAACAAGGGAUUUAUAAAUAUUAGCCAGAUAACGGAGUCGUGGUCGAGACCUUUCAAACUUUACCUGCAGAGGAAUUCCAUGCGGAGAUUGUACACCAACAGUUUCCUCCACUUGAACAACGCUGUUUCUAUUAACCUUGGGAACAAUGCGCUACAAGACAUUCAGAUCGGAGCCUUUAACGGGCUCAAAAUUCUGAAGAGGUUGUACCUGCAUGAGAAUAAACUAGACAUUUUCAGAAACGAUACUUUCCUCGGGUUGGAAAGUCUGGAGUAUCUGCAGGCAGAUUACAAUGUCAUUAAGCGGAUUGAAAGCGGGGCGUUCCGGAAUCUGAGCAAACUCCGGGUCCUCAUCCUGAACGACAACCUUAUUCCCAUGCUCCCCACCAAUUUAUUCAAGUCUGUGUCUUUAACUCACUUGGACUUGCGUGGGAACAGGUUGAAAGUGCUCUCUUACCGGGGAAUGCUGGACCAUAUCGGCCGCAGCUUGAUGGAAAUCCAGUUGGAAGAGAAUCCCUGGAACUGUACUUGUGAAAUCGUUCAGCUAAAGAACUGGCUGGAGCGCAUCCCUUACACUGCCCUUGUGGGAGACAUAACCUGUGAGACACCUUUCCAUUUUCACGGUAAGGACCUGAGGGAAAUUAAAAGAAACAAGCUCUGCCCUAUGUUGUCUGACUCCGACCUAGUCAACAUUGGAGUCCCUCAGUUGCCCUCGAGCAAAGAGAAUGCCUGGCCUACUAAACCUUCUUCCAUGUUGUCCUCCUUCCAUUUCACUGCUUCCUCUGUUGAAUAUAAAACGUCCCUGAAGCCGCCCAAACCCACAAAACAUCCCAGGACGCAUAAACCGCCCCCGACACCUCGAGGCCUCUAUCCUGGCCCCAACCAGGCUCCCGUUGCUGCGUACCAGACAAGGCCUCCCAUUCCGAUCAUAUGCCCUAGUGGUUGCUCCUGCAGUUUGCACAUAAACGAUUUGGGCCUGACGGUGAAUUGCAAGGAGAGGGGGUUCCACAACAUUUCUGAGCUCCUGCCCAGGCCGGUGAAUGCGAAGAAACUGUACCUAAGUGGGAAUUUGAUACAGAAAAUUUACCGUUCAGAUUUCUGGAAUUUUUCUUCUUUGGAUCUCCUGCAUCUUGGGAACAACCGGAUCUCCUACGUGCAGGAUGGGGCGUUUAUCAAUCUGCCGAAUCUGAAGAGUCUGUACCUGAACGGCAACGACAUUGAGAGGCUGACACCGGGCAUGUUCCGAGGCCUACAGAGUCUGCAUUAUCUGUACUUCGAGUACAACCAGAUCAGGGAGAUCCAGCCUGCUGCCUUCAGUCUCAUGCCCAACCUGAAGCUGCUCUUCCUCAACGACAAUCUCCUGAGGACCCUUCCAACCGAUGCCUUUGCCGGCACCUCCCUGGCCAGGCUCAACCUGAGGAACAACAAAUUCCUGUACCUGCCUGUGGCUGGCGUACUGGAGCACCUCAAUGCCAUCGUCCAGAUUGACCUGAAGCUCAACCCUUGGGACUGCACAUGUAACCUGGUGCCUCUCAAGCAGUGGAUUGAGACCAUCAGCUCAGUCAUCGUGGUGGGGGACGUCCUUUGUGCUAGCCCUGAAAACCUCACCAACCGAGACAUCCGCUCUGUGGAGCUGGAGGUGCUGUGCCCAGAGAUGUUGCACGCUGCCGUUGCCUCGCCAGUCCCACCAGCGUCAGGCCAUCCUAGCCCCACCAGCCCCUCGCCCUACGAGCUCCCCCCAGCUGCAGGAGGUCCUGUUCCUCUUUCUGUGCUCAUUCUCAGCCUACUGGUACUGUUCUUCUCUGCAGUCUUCAUUGCUGCGGGCCUUUUUGCCUUCGUCCUGCGCCGACACCGAAAGAAUCUUCCCUUCCGGAACAAGCAGCGGCAGGAGGCCCUUGACUUAACCGGCAUCCAAAUGCAGUGCCACCAUCUUUUUGAAGAAGGUGGCAGCGGCGGAGGCGGGGGAAUUAGCGCCUCCCCGGAGAAGGCACCCCCGGUGGGCCAUGUCUAUGAUUACAUCCCGCAUCCAGUAACCCAGAUGUGCAACAACCCCAUCUACAAACCGCGGGAGGAGGAUGAUGCCGUAGCAGGGGAACCUGGGCCACCUGGGGACAUCCUUCUAGGAGGCAGUGGAGGUGGUGGCUGUGCCGGGGAACAGUUUGUUGAUCCCACAAAGGACAGUGGGAGCAGUAGCUGCUACAGGACCUUGCUGGAGAAGGAGAAAGAGUGGAGCUUGGCUGUAUCCAGUUCACAGCUCAACACCAUAGUGACCACCAACCAUCACCCACACCCACCUGGAGGGGGUAUUGGUGGGGGGUUGCCUCUCAUGGGGGAACUAGCGCUGGUGCCACCUGUCUUCCAUCACGAGAAGAACGGUGGGGUGGUUUUAUUCCCCCCUAGUGGUGCCAUUUUAGACAGCAGGGAGAGGCCACCCUUAGCCCCUCCGUGCACAGUGGGCUUUGUGGACUGCCUCUACGGCACGGUGCCCAAAUUAAAGGAACUGCACGUGCACCCCCCUGGCAUGCAAUAUCCAGACCUGCAGCAGGACGCCAGGCUGAAAGAAACCCUUCUCUUCUCAGCUGGUAAGGGCUUCCCAGACCACCACCAAACCCCCCAAAGUGAAUACCUCGAGUUAAGGGCCAAACUCCAAACCAAGCCGGAUUACCUCGAAGUCCUGGAGAAGACCACUUAUAGGUUUUGAAAAAUGUCUAGGUUUUUACAGCCAAUUCCUAGCCCCCGGUACCCUGCAGCCCCUUCCCUUCCCUCACCACCUUGAUCCACAUCCUUUUCUUUCCCUUCUGAUCCCCCCCCCACAUCCCCGCCAACCACCGCAUGCUGAUACUAGAGGAUACAGCUCUGUGCUUUCCCCCUGCCAGAUGUUGGUUUGGAGGAAAGGCCCAACUCAGAUGAUCAUUAAUCGAUAAAGUGCCUUUUGCAGACUUUUGCCAGCAGAUGUUAAUCAAUCAUUAUUUUUUUAUACUGAAAAACAAAAAAAGCAAAACAGAAACACUGGGACUUUGACUGUGCCAUGUUGUCUAAGGUAUAAGAAUAUUAUUAUCAUUAGCAUCAUGGGAAAUCUUUGUCUCGACCCUGACAAAGUAAGUUCUAUGUGUAUGGCGCUCUCUCUCUUUCUCUCUUGCGUGCGCGCACUCUCUUUUUUUCUGCUGUAGAUUUCUUUUUAACAACAAAAAAGCAAAACGAAAACACAAACCCUUCCAUUCAUCUUCCCCCCCCCUUCCUGUUGAGGGGAGGGAGGCAUCCUUCCAAACAGCAUUUUUUUGUGGCUCGGUUUCUUCUUUUUUUCCUCAUCAUGGCACAGAAUCUGUACAUUUAUUUCAAAGAAAACAAAAAA